GAAUCUUUGAACGGCCGAUACUUUCGUCAUGGACAUUCACGAGCACGGAACAAGAAGAAAAGUCGGGUUAAAUGCAAACACUGUGGAAAAGAAAUGUCUGGCUUGAAGCGUCUGAAGUGUCACUUGGGUAGUGUAGGUACAGAUGUAACUCGCUGUGAAAAAGUUACAGAUACUGUUAGAGAGGCGUUUCGUAAGAUGCUUAUGGAGGAAAGAUCCAGUGUUACUGCUGCUAAGGCUAAGAGAGUUGAGGAAGUCCGAAUGGGUACAGCUCGUAAGCGUGGAAGAAGAGAAGAUUCAUCCAGCAAAGGUGUCUCUCCUGAGAAGGGGAAUGCAGGCGUGAAGGCUACUAAACAGGGUCUGUGUUCAAACAAAGCUCAAAAGUUGGUUGGUGGGUGCUCUGAUGGAAAUCGUUUCGACUUUUCAGCUGUGGGUUCCCCAGGCUUGGGAGAAAUGAUGGCUUUAAGCGGUGGUAAGAUCCCUGAUUUAAACGGAAGGAUGCUUCAAGAAGCGUUGAAGGAAGUGCAGGGUCACGUGAGGAGGGUCAUAGAUUCGUGGGAGGUCACUGGUUGCAGCAUCUUGUUGGAUGCUUGGGUUGACCAGAAUGGCCGUGAUCUGGUUUCUAUUCUUGCGGACUCGCCGGCGGGUCCAGUGUAUCUGAAGUCCGUUGAUGUUUCAGAUAUUAAACAUGAUGUCACUGCCUUAACGUCGCUGUUAUCUCGGCUUGUUGAGAAAGCGGGAGUGCACAAGGUGAUCCAGAUCGUUGCACCAUCAACCUCUGGCUGGGUGGGUAAAUUAGGCAAGUCUUUUGCGAGUAACAACGAAAACGUUUUAUGGUCCGUGAGCUUAUCCCACUGCUUCGAGAUUAUGCUGAUGAGGAUUGCGGAAUUACAUUCCCUUGCAGACAUAGUUGACAAAGUCAAUCAGAUCACAGAGUUCGUCACCAACAACCCAUUGGUUCUCAAGCUCGUCAGAGAUCAGUCUCAUGGAACAGGCAACAACACCGAGUUUGAGUUUGUUUUGCCGUAUCUAUCUCUAGAGAGUAUUUUCAAGGCGAAGAAGCACUUGGAAGCCAUCUGUGCUUCAUCCGAAUGGAGUAAAGAUGAGGUCAUAACAAUAUCCAAAUCGGUGAAGGAUUCGUCUUUUUGGGCAACUGUUGAGAAAGUUGUGAAAUCCACAUCUCCUCUGGUUCAAGAUCUACUCUUGUUUUCUACUGCCAACAGUCAGCAAGUUGGAUACAUCUACGACAGUAUGGAUAGCAUAAAGGAGAAUAUAGCGAAUGAAUUUGAUGGCGAGGAGCUGUGUUACGAGCCGGUAUGGGCUGUGAUUGAUGCUGUCUGGAACAACUUCCUUCACAGUCCUCUUCAUGCUGCCGGUUACUAUCUGAACCCGGCUGCUUUCUACUCAACUGGUUUCCAGCCUGAUCCAGAAGUUACCACUGGCCUCUUCUCAUCUCUGGUCCGUUUGGUAAAAGAGUGUCACGUCCUAGCUAAAAUUUCCACACAGCUUGAAAUGUACACACUUGGUAAAGGUAGCUUUGACGAGGCCAGCCAAGUUGAUCAGUUCACUGAAAUCGCUCCAGCUGAGUGGUGGGCUCAAAAGGCGAGAAAGUACCCAGAACUGCAGAGUAUCGCCAUCAAGGUUCUGAGCCAGACAUGUGAUGGUGCUUCAAGGUACAAACUGGACAGGAGCUUAGCAGAGAAGCUGUUGCUCACGAGAGGAAUGAGCCAUGGUGAGAAACAGCAUCUGGAGCAGUUGGCGUUUGUUCAUUACAAUCUUCAUCUACAAAGCUGCAAAGCCAAACUAAGCGAAGCUGCAAACCCAAAC